AUGCUGCUCCUUCUUCUUGCGGCGAUUAUUUGGGGCAUAACCAACCCGUUGCUGAAGCGCUACAGCAGCGGCAUGGCUGUGAGUUCUUCUUCUUUUCUGGAGGAUCUGCGCUUUCUGGUGUCGCGUCCCAAGUACAUGGCGACACAACUUCUCAACUUGAGUGGGUCUGUUUUGUUUUUCCUCGGGCUGCGUCAUGUCGAUGUGGCGGUGGGUAGCAUGGUCGCCAACGCCUUGGCGUUUGUUAUCACCGUGCUGGUGAGCGCCCUUGUGCUGCGUGAAGGCGUCUUGCGACCAGCAACUCUGCUUGGAUGUGGUUUAGUGGUGGCAGGGACGACGUUGUGUGGAAUUGCCUCAUCGUCACGCGAUUGA